GCUUCUGUGCAAACACGCGUCCUCACUUAAGAAGACGAAAAAUCAAGUCAGACUGACUUAUUCCAGCGGGAUACACACACACACACACACACACAUAUAUUUAUGCAUAUGAUCUUUUAUUGGAGAUUUUUAAACAAAAAAAUCCAUCGCACACUUUCUUUCUUGUGCAUCCUCACCACAGCCUGCGAGGGAGUUGCCUCGAAACAGUGACAGAUGUGAAAGAAAUGAAAUCAUAUGUCUUUUUAAAUGAUGACAGAGAAAAGUUGCAUGGGGGUAUCCUGUAGGAGGAGUUUUUUUGUGACCAAACAAGUAACGGAUUUUCCCUUAUAAAAAAGGAAAUUGAGUCCUGACCGCUCAAUGAAGAGCAAUACCCGGGGAACCCGAUGUACAGCGGGUUCCCUGCUUUCCUGCCAGCCCACCCCGAGCUUCAUGGGUUGAACCACCAGACGUCCGACUCUCUCCUCUCCAUUCUCUCCUCCUCUUCAUCCUCUGCGCAACCCCUCAACCCCCCCUCCUCCCCACCUCCCCCCCCUCCCCCUCCAUCCUACAGCCCUGUUCUGUCUACUCCCUUUGCCAGUGCUACCACCAGCGUGAUGACUUGUUGUGCCUCAGGCUUGUUUGGACUUGCAACUGCAGCAUCACCCACCACUACACAGACUUGCGGACACAGCAGCCACUAGAGUGAAAGAUACAGAGAGACAGAGGAGGUGGGGGGGGGGACGGGGACGAAGAGACAGACAGAGAAAGAAAGCAGCACCACAGCAGAGAGGAGGGAUCAUCUGUCCCAGCAGCAGAGGGAUCCACCUGUCCCACAGCGGAAGGGGGCCCCCCCACCUGAUCCAUCUGGUUGCAGGGGGGGACCCUGCGUGGCCGGGAAGGCAACAGGGACUAUGCAGCUGGGACUGGUGGCGCUGGCAAUGGUCUUCCUCAGCUCCAUGGGUCAUAGCGAUGUUCUCAAGCUCUCCAAGGCGAGAAGGCAGAGACGGGUUAGUACUGAGGGGCCACCAUCUUGCCCCAAAGGCUGUGACCGAUGCUCUGAGUAUAAUGGCUGCAUUAAAUGUAAGCCCAAGCUCUUCAUCUUCCUGGAGCGCAAUGACAUCCGUCAGAUAGGCGUGUGCCUCGCCUCCUGCCCCAUGGGAUAUUUUGGGAUGAGGAACCCAGAAGGCAACAACAGAUGCACCCAAUGUAAAAUAGACAACUGUGAAGCAUGUUUCAAUCGCAAUUUUUGCACAAAAUGUAAGGAGGGCUUGUAUUCACACAGCGGGAGAUGUUAUGUAACCUGCCCUCCAGGCCAGCGCACCGCCAACGAGACCAUGGAGUGUGUUGGUCAGCGUGCUUCAGAGUGUGAACUGGGUGAGUGGAGCCAAUGGGGUUCCUGCAUGAAGAAGAACAAAACAUGUGGAUUUAAGAAGGGCUCGCAGUCUCGGGUUCGUGCACCCCUUCCGCAGGUCCACAGCCCUGACACCUCCCCGGCCUCUGUACCCUCACAGACCUGCGCUCCACAGACAGAGAGAAGGAAGUGCGUUGUGACCAAGACGCCCUGUGCAAGAGAGAGGAAGAGUAAGGGAGACCAACAAGAUGAUACCAACAGGAGAGAGAGGGAGAAUGCACGUGGGCGAGGACGAGAAGGCAGUAGAGGAGGAGGAGGUGGUGGCGGUGGGAGUGAUGGCGGUGGUGGUGGUGGUGGUGGUAGUAGUGGCGGCGGGAAGAGAAGAAAAGGCCAGAGCAGGACAACCACUGCUCCCAGCAUCACAACCAGCUCUGUCAGCUAAACGUCAGUGUCUGCUGGGUGGGGGUAGGGGUGGGGGUGAAAGCAGAGACAGUGCCUCACUCAGCAGUGCCAGCCAUAGACAAAGAUCAAAGUGAAGAAGGAAAUGGAUUAAUGCUGCUAUGCGUUGUAGAAGAUGUAAAGAGAACUGGAGGAUUGCUGCAACACAAAAGGCUUUCCACAGCUUUUUGAAUAGAUGAAACAUAUCUGGAAGAGACUGGUGUCUUAGCAGGACUCAGAGACUUGUUGAUUUUUCAUUCCACUGUGAGGGAUCACUGUUGGACAGCAAAGCCACAGUGAAGCUUGUGGUUCAGCAUGAUUCACAUCAUGAACCAACCAAUGUCACUUCUCGAACUAAGAGCAGAUCCUAUGUUUCAAAUGCAGCAUUAAAAGCUGGAAGUCUGAUAAUGAAUGAAGGGUCUCCUCAGUCCCCUCUGCUCCAUGAUGUAUUUUGUUCCAGUCUGAUUUUAAUCACAGUCUGUUCUUCAUUUGUUUUUCGUGUUUGUAAGAGGUGGCAGAUGGAUUUUCUCAACAGCCGCUGUACGUGAUGUGAAGACAGUGAACAGUAUUAAGUCUUUGUACCUUUAUUUCCUGUUGUGAGAUGAAACAAAAAAGAAAGGCACUGGAAAUCAUUUGUGGUUGUUGAGGACAGAAGGUCUUCUAUAUAUUAUUUUGAUGAGGGAGUCAAGUACAAAACAAGCCUAAGAGAAGACGUAGAGGGGGAUUACUGGGAGCUCAGCUCAUAUCCUUCUCUGAUGUCUUGACACAGACUUUUGCCAUUUGUUAGCUUAGUUGUUUGUUUCAAAUUAAAUGUUGAUGUUUGUAUCAGAAAAUAACUCUGCACAGAAAAUGAGGAAUUCUAAAAAAACACAAAUAUUUGCAUGGUACAAGGCUGCAUGUGCGUGCCAUUGUGCAUGCAAGCGUGUGUGUGCGCGUGCGUUUGUCUCUACCUAAAGUCUGAGUGUUUGUGUACUUUGUAUGCAUUUCUGCACGGAAUCAAGUUGUUUGUUGAUGGAACUUAGUUGUUUGUACAUGUGUGUUUACAUUUGCACAUAUGUGUUAAUAUUGGUCUCAUAGAUUGAAGGAAUAGGGUCUGGAGUUCGAGAGGAGCAAAAUGUAAAUGCACAGUGAUAUAUCGAAUAUGCAGUAACUACAAGCCACUGAUUAUUAUUAUAAUUAUAUAAGCCAUCAAAUCAUCAGCUGCUCAGUAAUCAUGUAUGUUUGCAACAGGGUCUGAAGAUUUUGCACAACUAUAAUGUUUCCUACUGCUCAAGUUUCAGAACAAUCAUAGCCUUUUACACAUUUAUACUCCAAAAGCCAGCUUCAUAACAUUGCAGAUACAGAGUUUUUUUUUUUUAUUAUUUUUUUUUUAUUUCAUAGAAUGUUUUCUAAGGGUCUGUUUGCUUUCCACAUGAUAUUAGUUUCAGGAGAAGUUACACACUACAUUAUUCAUUCAUACUAUGGAUUGUGAUACUGAAUAUGUCAAACUGUGUUUAUCAUCAAAUGUAAGAAGUAUUAGUAACAUCAUGUAUAGCUUAUUCUGUGAAAGCUUAAAUAAAGUUCAGAUGAAGCUUCAGUCAUA